CUCAUCACUGUUGUGCAGUGGUGCACUUUUUCGUUUUCUUUGUUUUGUCUUCAUUAGUUAUUGUUAUUAAAUUGUAAAUCUGCAAUCUGUUUUCAAGUGGCAAUGGAUAUAAGUGCAGAAAUAGCAGAUAUUACUGCCCAGGCACCGGAAUGGAACUUUGCUGGCGAUUGUGCUCUUCUGGCGCUAAUGAAGCGCAUCUCUCAAAACUUGCAAGAACGAGGGGAACGGACCACUCGGAAUCUGAGAGAGUUCGAAACUACUGUCAGGCAAGCCGAUAUAGCGCUGAGCAAUGCCACCAAUAGCCUGCGCUCGCUUCAGUUCGGGCAGCAGUUUGUGGAGUACCGGGUGCAGGAGAUUGACGAUGACGACUUUGAGAUGCCAGCUGACAAGAAAAAGAAGCCUGAGUCUCCCCCAAAAAGUUCGCAGGAAAUGUCGAAAGAAUUUCUAGAAAACAAUCUGCAAAUGUUUCGCAAGAACUUUGAGCCGGUGACCAUUGACGUGCCCAACGAUUCGGACGAUGAAGAUGCGCCAGUUAGUUCUACAACAAUCUUUCGCGCCAUGAACCCGUACGAUGCCAUUCCCUUGCCCUACAUUAUUGGCUCCAAGGAAUGGCAGGAGCAUAAGUAUGCGGGACUCUACGAUAGCAAAGAGAACAGCGAUGAUGAAAAGUCAGAGGAAUUCUCGUCCAGCUCAUCGGAUGAGAGGGAGCCUGUCUCUAGUAAGACACCAAAGCAAGAGAACAAAUUUGUGCAGCCACAGCUAUCCGACUCUUCAUCCUUGGCCUCGGCGACCAUGGUAGUUGUGCCCCCUGUUAAGCUGCAGAUUCCUGCCACUGCAGCUCCUAUCUUAGCCCCUGCUGACCAUCUAAGGGAACCUGCUGUCAAUAGGACACAGCCACGUCCAAUUAUAAGCAGCCAACGGAACCCCCAUGAACGUGACUUGUUUGCUGCCCUUCGGCAAUCACCGCCAAGCGAUGAUCCGCCAUCUACUUCAUCCUCGCCCAGAUCUUCACCUGCCAUUGGCCCUAGGAGUACUGCAGCACGCUUGCUCAUCGCAUCGGAGGGCUCCCUGAGUUCGAGCAGCAGCAGCGCCGCCCAUCACCCGCCCCCAAGGCUAUUCGGCGAAGCUGUUGCCACACAAAUUCCUAAGAGAACCGACGCUAAUUCCAGCCCAAUCAAGCGCAAGCCUGUCAAUCUCUUUAAUGAUGAUGAGUUCCACUCGCUAGUGUCUGAAAUCGUGGACAAGGUGCAGAACAAGGCGGGAAACAACUCAACAGCCGCUAGAACAUCGAAUCAAGGGAACAAGCAGCCUGAAGAAAAGAAGCCAGUGGAUCAAGUACCCAAACCGGACGCCCCUAAGCAGAUCAAUGAGAUUGUAGCAACUCAGCCCAAGCCCAAGACUGUUAAUCUCUUUGAUGACAGUCCACCCUUGAGCCCCACCCCAACGCAAACUCCGAUUCGGGAUGCGACCAAUGAUCUGUCAGGGCCCAUCUUUGAUGACGGGCCGUCGUCUUCGAGUAUCAAGCCCAGGCAAAUUCCUCCCAAAGAGCCUGCGAAACCGUUGCCAAAAUCUCUAUUCGAUGAUGACCUGGAAGAUGAUUUCUUGAGUUCCUUUUCGCCCAAGCCAAAGCCGCCAGACCAAAAACUAAAAUCUUCGCUAUUCGAUGAUGAUGAUUUGGAUAUAGACGAUAUAUUUGUCAAGCCAUCGACACAGCCAAACAAACUUUCGGACAGAUUGGUGGGAAAAACCUCUUUGUUCGAUGAUGAUGAUCAGGAUGAUGUCACAGAUUUUUUUGGCUCAAAGAAGGAGUCAGCUAAAGAGAAAUAUCUGCCAGUUGAAAAGAAAGUAGAGACGCAUGUGGCACAAAAGAAGCAUCUUUUUGAUGACAUCCAGGAUGAGGAUCUAUUCGGAACGCCAAAGUCCAAGAACUUGUUUGCCAUAGGCGGGGAUCACAAUCAGCCUGAACAACCCUCAGCAGAUGGAGAAGCUAAUAACAAAACAGAGAAAUUAAAGAUUGUUCAAGGGAACACCCAGCCAGCGGAGGAAGUUGAAGAGAAGCAACGGGAGGUAUUACCGGAGAACGAAUAUGUUCACAACAAAUCCGCACCAGCCACUGAGAUUAUUGAAGAGAAAUCGAACCCUCAGCAGGUCGCACGUGAAACUGUUCCACUCAAAGCUGCUGACUUGUUCAACGAAGAUUUCAGCGAUGAUGAUUCAUUUUUGAGCACAGCAAAGAGCAAGCCAGAAGAGGCUGCUACUGCUACUACGACGGAAAUUAGUAAUGAGAUUGAGCCACAAGUGUUGGACGCAGAGAUUAAGCCACAGAAACUACCAGGGACAGAGACACUCCUCCCAACUCUGGAGCCACCGAACAAAACGGAAGAUGUCAUGGCGGAUCUUUUUGGUAGCCCACAGAUGGGUCCAACGGUCUCAGAGACCCCUCCGCCGGAUGACCUGGAUCACGAUGAAGACCCCAUCAUAACUAUGGUGGCUGAUAUCACUAAUAAAUCGACCAAAGAAGAAGCCACUUCGACUGAGCCCGAUGCCGACCUCGAUGCUGCCCAGCAAAUCAUGCAGAACUACACAAGUCUCUUCUCCGAGGAGCCUCCGGAUGACAGCGAGUUCUUCCAGACACUCGGCAGCAGCAGUCUCAGCAGCCUGAGUGCCUCGAAAAUGUUUGAGAACGAGCAGGACUUCUUUGAGCCGGCGCUGCCCCAGAUUCCAGUUGCAAACAAGACCCCGGCAGCAACCCCAGUCGACCAUGGGGCAAUUGGGUUGUUCAGCGAUGUGCCACCCGAUGACGACGGGGAUGCUGCUGAGACGCUGCAACAAUCUGCAGCACACCCAGUCGAGGCUACUUCAACUACAACACGCAUCCAUACGAUUUUCUAUGAUGACUUCAGUGAAACGGCUAGAGCAGGAGCAGGCGCAGGAGCGGUAGGGCAAAGCCAUCCCACCAAGCCUUCCGUUGUGCAGGAGGAGGAGCAUCCACCAUCUGAUGAAGUGGACCACAGCAAGGUGCAGGAAGCAGCUGACCCGCCAACUCCCACAUCUCCCGUGAAGAAACUGAAGAUGCCCAACAUCAACAUCAAUGUUCAGGCUUUGCUUCCUGGCGCCGGAGGUCUGCCCAAGUUCCCAAAGAAACAGCAGCCUGCGCAUCCCCCACAAGAAGCACAAGUGUCAGUGUCUGAUACCAAUGAGGACGUCAACUCCACUUCCACCUCCACCCUCAUCGGCAGGGAGAACGGCCUGCAACAUGUGAACAAAACACGCGCUCGAGGCCCGUCUCGAAGGCGACCUUCGACCAGGCAGGGCAGGAAGGAGAACUACGCCAAGAGUGUGCUGGAAGAUGGGCAGCCGCCAGCAGCUGAGAUAGCUCCAAAAUCGAAAGCAGCGGCUCCAAGCCAGACCCCCGCCCUGCCCAAACUGGUACGAUCUUUUUUGGACAGUGAUGAUGAAGAUGAGGAUCUCUUUGGUCCUGCGAUGACAGUGUCGGCCCCUUCAGCAAAGACCCUGUCGACCAUGCCAGCUCCCAAGGCUACGGUAAUGACUGCUGCUCUGCACAGUGAGCCGCCGGAAGAUCACUUGAAGCCACAAGCACCUACGGUGCCGGUGGAACCUGUCAAGUUGUUCGAUGAGAGCGACGACGAUGACGAUUUGUUUGCCAGUGCAGCAGUGGCCGCCCCUCCGCCCACUGUACAGGCCAAGGUGCUCUCCAAACCGCCAGCAGCAUCUCUGUUUAGCAGCGACGAGGAUGAGGACUUCAAGUUGCCGGCGAAGAUUGUUCCCAAGAAAAAGGUCGCGCCCAUCCAGGCGAGCAAGAGCACGAGCCUCUUUAGCGAUGACGAAGACGAUGAUGAUCUAUUCGGAGGGGCUGCAACGACCAAACAGGCCAAGCCUACGCCUGUGCCUCUGCCCCAAGGUGUGGCCAAGCCCGCUCCCAGCAGAACCCGCACUGCAGCAACCAUUCCAGCCAGCUCUGGGGACAAUCCCCUGGCCGAUCUGUUGGGCUUCAAGUGAAACAUGAUUGCCUUUACUUACAAUUGGGACUGACGAUCAGUCCGAGUAUUCGAUUAUUCGAGUAUUGUUAUUCGUAUUCGUAUACCUAGGCUACAAUAUUAAACGAUGAAUGUUCGCUGUC